GAGCCAUCAUGGACCUGGUGCUGAACGCCGCCGACUACCACCUCCUCACGCCCUACGUGUACCCCAGCACGUGGCCGGAGCACGAGCCCUUCCGGCAGCUCCUCAGCCUCUUCGUCAUCACCAACCUCGGGGCGCUCGCCCUCUACUUGCUCUUCGGCACGCUCAGCUACUACUUCAUCUUCGACCACGAGCUCAAGAAGCACCCGCAGUUCCUCGAGAACCAGGUGCAGCGCGAGAUCACCUAUGCCGUGCAGUCCCUGCCGUGGAUCAGCGUGCCCACCGUGGCCCUCUUCUUCGCGGAGGUCAGGGGGUACAGCAAGCUCUACGACAACAUCGAGGACUCCCCGUACGGGUGGUCGGGAGUUAUUCUCAGCAUGCUGUCAUUCCUCUUUUUCACCGACAUGGGCAUUUACUGGAUACAUCGAUUCCUUCACCACAGACUGUUCUACAAGCGUUUCCACAAGCCCCAUCACCUCUGGAAGAUUGCGACGCCCUUCGCCAGUCACGCUUUCCACCCCGUCGACGGCUUCAUGCAGAGCCUCCCCUACCACGUCUACCCCUUCCUCUUCCCUCUGCACAAAGUGACUUAUUUGGGACUCUACAUCUUCGUCAACGUCUGGACCAUCUCCAUUCACGACGGUGAUUACCGCGUCCCCAAGAUCUUGAGGCACAUCAUCAACGGCUCUGCCCACCACACCGACCACCACCUCUACUUCGACUACAACUACGGUCAGUAUUUCACGCUCUGGGAUAAAAUCGGCGGCUCCUACAAAAGCCCAACCUCCUUCGAGGGCAAGGGCCCGCACGACUACUUGCGCAAGCUCCGAGAGAAGGAGGCAAACGGAGGGAACGGUUGCGAGCCUCGGACAGUGCCUAACGGCGACUGCGAAAAAAGCAAAUAAUUCUCCAUGGAAUCAUCCUUUACAGAGUGCCAGACCUUGUCUCGUUCUUCCUUUUGCCAAGAGCCAAUUCCCUGUACAAAAAGCUGUCUCACUAUCGCUCUGGGAACGCAACGAUUAUGGGUGCCUGAAUCCGCUCGGCGGSCUGGGGCCGAUGCGCCUAGAGACUGAGAAACACUCUCAUCCUGGCCGUUGGCCGGGAUCGAGAGAGAACCGGAGCCUCCACGGACAAACUCGCCGCGAUUCCCGACAGCUGCCGUGCUCCACGGCACCUUCCCCGCACACGGACCAAACCUCGUGGCGACGCAGACCCCGUCCUGACCGUCCCCGGCACAGUCGGCCACCGCGCACCGCGACGACGGGUCUCGCAGCYGGCCUCACGCGGCGCCCCAGCACCCGGGCACGGCGUGGGGAYGUUACACCUGACAGAGGGUGCGUGCUGGCGCGGUUCCCCACAUCUGUGUGCGUGCAUCCUGGCACUGCCACCGCUAUGUCCCGCUACAAAAACAGCUUUCUGUGCUGCAGCCCCCCAGCAGCACUUGCACAACGGCGACAGGAAACGCGGGCGCCCUGCCCGCUCCCUUCGGAUUACUGCCCUCAUCCGCUUCCGAAAAUCCAGGCACCUCUCUGACUGCUACCUGGCUACAACAGUGCGGGGUUCCCUUGCGACUCGAGCAAACUGCACAAGUGAAGAAAUUUCCUGCUGCUUUGUACAAUUUUGUAGGAUGCCUAUGAAAGUAUUCUAAGAGCGCAACACUUGCUGCAGUUUCUGCCUAUCUGUACUGCACAACASCAUAGCAUCUUGUCAAGGACAGCCUCAGAAACUGCUCAGUUUUUAUGACCAUACAGAACAGCCUGCAAUCUGGAUACGUGCUUUUCCUCAAGUGUGACAUGAUUUCACGAAGCACACGCGGAGCACCUACCUUACGGAGACUGCGUGGCUCCUCCCAAUGUCCUCGGUGGAGCGAUGGUUUCUCCUUURGGCUUUGUGCCGCUUCUCUAUGCUGAAAGAAGGCUCCUAGUCACAAGCUGGUGCAGACCGUGUCUCCAGGAGACUCCUGCAUGGUUCCGACGGUGGGUGCCAUUCAUCAGGAAGAAGGAAACCUGUUGGAAAAAUGCAGGUUUUGAGUCACAGUGGUAGUUUUCUGUGGAGGGACAUAUAUUUGCCCAGAGUCCACUAUGAGGGUGG